AUGCCUCAGAAACAACCCCGAAUCGAAGUGGUACCUCUAGAUAUCAAUCGUGAUCUAUCGUCAGUAGCACAAAUCUGGGCCGCCGCGCUACCCAAUUACCCCCUCCCAGCAGAAAACCUCCGCAAGCUCCUCCCACAGCCAAACGCACAUCACUUCGUCGCCAGAACAUCAUCAUCAUCAUCCUCCAAAACCGUAGGCUUCUGCCUAGCAUACACCACGCGCCAGCAUCAAAAGAACCCAAACGAAAGAUCAACAUCCGGCUACAUCUCCGUCCUUGUGGUGCAUCCCGAGAACCAGGGACAGGGCAUUGGCUCCACCCUACUCAACAAAACCAAGUCCUGGUUCAAGCGGAGCUUCGACUCGUGCCAUCUCGAAAUCGGCAGCGGAUUCCCGAGAUUCUGGCCUGGUGUCCCCAAGGAUUUACCCGAUGCCCAGCGCCUGCUGGAUUUCUUUAUCGAGCGCGGGUUCCAGGUGCGUCCGGACCCGCCGCGCUCGGUGGAUUUGUAUAGAGACCUGAGGAACUUCAGUCUUGACGAGGGGGAGUAUGUCCAACGAGCCGAGGAGGCGGGGUAUACGUUUUCCCCGCUGCGACCGGAGGGGUACGAGGAGUGUUUAGCUGGGCAGGAGAGGAAUUUCUCACAUAAUCCUGACUGGGUUGACAUGUACCACCUGCUAGACCCGGCCUCGAACCCGUCAAGCAUCAUGACUGCGUUCGAUUCGCAGGGCGCACAGGUUGGCUGGACGCUGAUGCUCCCGCCGUCCUCGAGCGUCCUGCAGGAAAACUGGGCGAUGCCGGCGGUGUGUGGGCCCAAGACGGGCCUUGUAGGCUGUGUUGGCGUUGACGACGACCAUCGGGGGUCGGGUGUCGGACUUGCACUCGUGGCGCAUGCUUUGGAGGAUAUGAGGAAGAGGGGGAUGCACGGUGUGUUUGUGGACUGGGUGAGCUUGGAGGGGUUCUAUGAGAGGGUUGGAUUGGAGGUUUGGUGUGCUUAUCGGGGUGGGGAGAUUGAUUGA